GCUGUGUCACUAAUUUCUUACCCCGGCUUCAGCAGGCAGCAUCUUAAAAAGCCAACAGCAGCCAGUGAGGUGUCAAGUUCUUCUCUGCCACAAUGUUUAUUUACAUUAAACAUGGAGAUAAUAACCAGUUCCUAGUUAACACCAACUGUCCAACUGUUGUCCUCAUGAAAUACAUAAAAACCAGGUUGGGAUUUGCUGAGUCAGAGCUUAUAGACCUGUGUGAUGAACGAGGAGUGCUGAAAUUCCUCUUCCUGCCCCAGAAUUCACAGGAAUCUUCUCGUGGACUGCUAAAGGCUAAAGAGUCAUUCAUUGUUUGCACAAUUAAGCGUACAUCUGAUGGGGCUUAUAACUCUGUCACAUCACUGUUAUCCAGUGUUGACCCUGCUGUAUUAGAGACCCUGCAGACUCAGAUUGACAAUCUUGAGAAAACUCGUCUGAAGCAGCUUCAUAUUGUGGAGAGUCGUAUGGCUACAUCAGAGGAAAUCAAUGCUCAGGCUCUGUCCACUAAAACUACUAAAAAGCGCAAGAAAGUUACACAUGCAAAUGCCCCUGAUGAAGAAGUCCAGCGCCACACAGGGGACAGGAAGAGCAGGAACUGAACAAAGGCCCUCACAUCCGAGCAUUCAGCAUUCAUGCUCAUUCUUAAUGAUGAGUCCCAGCUUAGUUCAUUCAAAUUACAGACGUGUUCAUCAUAAAUGCUGUAUUAUUUUUUUAAAACUAUUUAUUUUUUCACUUGGUGAUUCAGGAAAGUUGCUACAUUGAUUUUAUAACACAUAAAACUCAGGGACUAUUUCUUCCAAAAGAAGGAUGGAAGACACAUAGGAAGGAAUUUAAUAAAGCAAUGUUUCAAUACAAAUGUAUGUCCUCCAUCUAUCUGUCUGUCUGUCUGUCUGUCUGUCUGUCUGUCUGUCUGUCUGUCUGUCUGUCUGU